AUGAAGCUUGCCUUUCUUUUACUGAUAGCAGCUUUAGCAGUUGCUGCGCCAACCAUACACAAGCGUGAAAAGGCUUUCGAUUGGGACUAUGAAAAUGAUAAGAUACAUGGUGUGAACUUAGGCGGUUGGUUCUUGCUCGAACCCUACAUUACGCCUUCACUUUUUGAUGCCUUCGAACCCGGUGAGAUUCCUGUGGACGAUUACCACUACCACCAGUUUCUCGGAAAAGAUGAGGCCAAGAGAAGAUUGGAGCAUCAUUGGGAUACUUGGUAUCAAGAGUCCGAUUUCGAAGAGAUGGCCAAUGCAGGUAUCAACACCGUGAGGAUUCCGAUCGGAUAUUGGGCGUACGGUCUCUUGCCCGAUGAUCCUUACGUGCAAGGCCAGGAUUUCUAUUUGGAAAGGGCCUUAGGCUGGGCCCGCAAUCAUGGAAUCAACGCAUGGAUUGACUUGCAUGGUGUCCCAGGCUCACAGAAUGGAGGAACAAGUUCUGGAAAGCGUGGGUCUUAUGAAUCCCUGGAUGAAUUCAGAGAGUCUCUUGGAUACCAGCGAUAUGAGAAUGUAGCGCUCACGCUCACAGUAUUGCAAAAGAUCUUCGACAAGUAUGGAGGUCCUGAAUUUGAAGACGUGAUAAGCGGUAUUCAAUUCAUGAAUGAGCCACUUGGACCUGCUUCAGAUAUGACAUUCCUCAAAAAUUUCUAUACAUGGGCGUACGGAAACAUGCGUUUCAUGAAUGGCAUCUCAUACAAUAAUGUGAUACUCAGCGAUGCUUUUCAGGAAGAGGCUAGCUAUUGGGAUGAUUUUAUGACCCUCGAGCAGGGCUACUGGGAUGUUGUUUUGGACCAUCAUCAUUACAGAUGGCGUACUCCAGAGGACUUGGCUAUGAGCAUCGAUGAGCAUAUGGAAGUGGCCUGCGAAAAUGGUAGGCAACACAUGAAUGAGUAUCACUGGAACGUGGUUGGAGAAUGGUCUGGUGCCAUGACCGAUUGUGCUCGUUGGUUGAAUGGUGUUGGACAUGGCUCACGUUGGACCGGUGAAUUCAAUAACCCCGAGAAGAUUGGAACCUGUGAGCCAUACACACAAGUUGAUCAGUGGACAGAUGAGCAUCGCAAGAACCUCCGUAGAUUCAUUGAAGGACAAAUUGAUGCGUAUUCCACUGCUAGCGGAUGGCUCUUUUGGAAUUGGAAGACAGAGAACGCAAUCGAGUGGAGCAUGUCUGAUUUAAUCAAGGAGGGUGUUUUCCCUCAACCUUUCGACGAUCGGCAAUUUCCACCACAGUGUGUUUUUUAA